AUGGAUAAAAGAUCUCUUCUAAUUGAACUUCUUGAAGAUUUCCCAAAUUUUCAAAACAAUAACGAUAAGACGCGAAAAAUCUUAGUAGAACUGUGUAUCAAUGCCUCAAAAACAGAACUAGAGGAAUUCACCAAUGAAUUAUCACAACUUCUGUGCAGCUCUCCUGAUGACUACCUAUUAUCAAUGCAAGCAUUUUUUUCAUUUCUUUACAACGAUUCUUCAUGUGUCACUACACGUCUCAAAACAUGGCUUCCCGAUUUUGCAUUAAUGACAAUCAACAAUAUUAUAUUGCCAAACUUGCAACACUCUGAUAUUCACAGUUUUGGAUUGAUUCUUUACUAUUGUAUUGAAUUACUCUGGCGUGCUCGAAAUGACAAAUUUUACACAAAUUUAACUCUUCAAACCUUAAAACGCGUCUUCCGCACAAUACUUACUGUGUAUGGUGCCUUGCAAAUUUUGAUAUCAAGUCCUCCUGGUCAUCAUUGCUUCAAACGCGUUCUAUUCGACUUCAACUUAAUUAAUCAGAUUGAAAAAGAUGAAAUGCUUAAAGCAGUUGAUAUUAUCGCAGCCCUUAUUGAAAAGUGUUAUAAGCAUAAAGAAGUUUCCUCUCAGCUUUCAGAAGGAUUUUCUAUAUACAAAGCCUGUACAGCAUUAUUGAAAACUUUAGAAACCCACUAUAAUUCAAAACUGACCACCAAGAAAAACUUAUUAGCACCUACUCUGCAAAAUAUGGUUAAGCUUGAAAAAAAGGAAUAUAGAACGAAACAUGGAAAUGAGAAGCAAAACGACACAGCUAAUAACUCUAUUAACUCUGAUAUAAAUUUGACAUUCUUAUCUACUCGGGAUGAACAACAUCUUAAUCUUUUAGGGAUGAAAUUCCCACAGAAGUUAUCACAUUUACCCAACUUUUUGAAGGAACUAGAACAACGGAAAAUAAAUACAUUUCAAAAUUUGAUUGGAUUCAUGCCGUGCAUAAGUUGUCACGAAAGAGCCCUCAUUAGUCUUUAUCCUGAAAAAUAUAAAAAUUCUUUGAAUGUGGAACAAGAAGAUAGUAGUAUGGUAUCAAAACAACUUUUAUGUCUUCCAUUCGAAUUUAACAAAGAUGAUAAACUUGGAUCAUGGGAUAUUCUACUAAGCGAAUAUGCAAUUAGAGAUAUUCAGAUAUUGGAGUUUUCUUAUGGUAUUAAGGUAACUGAGGAAGCUAUGAAGAAACUCUGGCAGAUAUCGUCAGGAAAAUGGAAAAAGCAUGACCUAAUAUAUAAGGUGUCAUCAUCUCAUAAUAUUCCUGUCUAUGAAGUUAAAGUUCCAGGCAAUAAUGGUCUGAGAAUCAUAUGGCAAAUUGAUCACGGAUUUUCUGUUCGCAGCCUUUUGUUCUCUCAACAUGUAAAGAUUUGGGCUAUUACUGACAACCAAGAACAAAUUAACUUGAUAUUAGAAAAACUUAAGAUAGUUCAUCAAGUUUAUAAUGCUAGACAUAAACGACGAUGCGAAUUCCAACAAAUGAGUAAAAAUAGAGUUAUUUUACCGAGAUGCUUUAGUGAUGAACUGGAAACAAAAUUCAUAGACAAUGAUCCGGAGGUGGAUGAUGAGAAUGAUGAGAAACUCUUAGAAGUUCAUAAGAUACUUAUUACUAAUAAGUUUUUUCCUUUAUCAAAGAAUUUGAUCAGGUCGCUUGUCUUGAAUGGCCCCAAUUUCACUUUUCAGGUUUCCAAGAAAGAGUACGAGAUCAUUAAUUAUCCUACUUCAGCAAUUAUUAUUGGUCGAUCAGGAACUGGAAAAACAACGAGUUUAAUGUUUAGACAGAUAUCUUCGUACCAAAUAAAUCAACUUAGUAAAACAUCAACUUUAAAUGAAGCAGUCGUCCUUGCUGGAAAAACGGCUGCUGAAUAUAAUGAAUACGUCAGGACAAGAGAAGAAACUGAUGAUAUCGAAGAGAAAGAUGACAUGAUACUUGAAGAGGAUGAUGAAGAAGAGGAGCUAAGCGAAAUUCCUGAUUCAUUUCGCCUACUGAAGGAUAAUCAUUUCCCAUUAUUUAUUACCUAUAAAAAGUUUUCCAGAAUGCUUCAGGGAACUUAUGGAAUUGAUGUUUCUAAGCUUACUAAACAAAAAAAACAUGAUGCAAAAGACAAUGAUUUAUAUAAUAAUGAAGAUGAGGAAUUUCAUCAUAGAUCUUCUAUAUUAAACUUAUCUAAUGCAUCAUGGCAUCACUUUAUUAACUAUAACCUUUUCCAAAAAAAAUAUUGGCCUCGCUUUAAUAAUCAUUAUAAGAAGAAAUUGAAUUGCGAGCAAGUUUUUUCCGAAUUCGCUGUUAUUAAGGGAACAAAUCCUGAUGUAGAAUUUCUAUCAAGAGAGGAUUAUCGAGUUAUCAGUACAAAGAAAUAUCCACUAUUUCAAAACAAUCGUGAUGAAAUUUAUAAUUUAUUUGAACGAUAUGAAAAAAUGAAAUCAAGAAACGGUGACUAUGACUCAAUAGAUAGAACACAAGCAAUCUCGCGCUAUAUCAAAAUGAAAGCACUUGUUGGUCCGCAUAUUCAUGAAGUAUAUAUCGAUGAAUUUCAGGACAACAAAAUCGUAGAUUUAGCACUUAUAUUGAAACUAUUUGAAAAAGCCGAUAGCAUUUUUAUGGCUGGAGAUAUUGCGCAAUGUAUUGCCGAAGGAUCAUCCUUCCAAUUCCGGGGCAUGUAUCAUUUACGCUCAUUAAUGUAUAAUUGGGAACUUAAUCGGAUCCAACCUAUUUAUAACCCACCAAAACCAAAAAAGUUCCAUCUAAAUACUAAUUAUCGUUCCCACAAUGGAAUUCUUCGCCUUGCUGCAUCAAUAAUUGAUCUCAUUUUGCAAUUUUUUCCUAAUUCUAUUGACCGGUUAAAUCGUGAACAUGGUGAAAUUGGUGGUCCCCGGCCUGUUAUAUUUGAGGGAUUUCAAAUUGAAACUGAACAUAAAUCUGCACCCAAAGUUAUUGAAUUAGAUAUUAAUGAAUUAGGUGCUAUUGAAUUAGGUGCUAGGCAGGUUAUUAUAGUUCGUGAUAAAAAAACUAAAGAUCGUCUGAAGACUUAUAAGUUGGGAUUGGUUUUGACUAUUUAUGAGGCGAAGGGCAUGGAGUUUGAUGAUGUGCUAUUGUAUAAUUUUUUUACUGAUUCCGAAGCAGGUCGAAAGUGGCGAGUAAUUCUUUCCACUGUGAGUGGUUAUUCUAAAGGGGUACAAACAUUCUCUCCUGAGGAACAUUAUAUCCUUUGCUCUGAGCUCAAGAAUCUCUACGUUGCUGUGACAAGAUCUCGCCAGCAUCUUUACAUUUUUGAUGAAAAUUUUGAAUAUAGUAAUGCAAUGCAGACAUACUGGAAAUAUAAGAAUCUGGUCAAAGUGCGCCCAAGUAGAAAACUUGACACUUUCUUUUCUUUGGCUAAGAAAAGCAGUCCACAUGAGUGGUGUCUACAAGGAAAAAUUUUUUUCGAACAGCGACAGUAUGAACAAGCCAUCUUCUGCUUUGAAAAAAGUGGAAAUGAACGUCUUCGCAAACUAGCCGAUGCAUAUAAUAAACAGGAGAUUGCCAGGGACUCCGUUAAUGACUCGGAUGACUAUGUAAUAAAGUACAAUUUUGUAUCUGCUGCUAAGGCUUUUAUAGAUUGUUCCCGGUCAGCUAAGGCAGCUUUAUGUUAUAAGGAUAUUGGUAUGUGGAAAGAGGCAGGAGACAAUUUUACAAAAGCAAAGAAGUAUAAUGAAGCCAUUUUAGCCUAUAAAGAAGAAAAAAAUGGAAAAUUAUAUCCAAUAAUAAUCGAUUUGAUGAAAAGCCACGCGAAUGAAAUUGAUAAAAAAAUAUUUCGCCGCAUUACCCGUCUUAUCAACAUCCAUUAUCGUAAUAAUAAUGAUAAUGAAAUGAGUAAGAAAGCCCUUUCGAUUCUUCCAACUCAAGAGGACCAAAUUGAGCUUUUGAAAGAUCAUGCACCAGAAGAGCUUUUGGAAGUCUAUAAGAAGAAGGGUCAGUUUAGUGAUGCCGCCAAAUACUUACGUUCGCUCGGAAAAUUCAAACAGGCUUUCGUCAUGCUAAGCAACCAUCUUGAUAAAAAAGAUAAUUUUAUUGAUUCAUUAUGCUGCCUUCUACACCUUUGCAGAGUAAAUAUACUAGCAGAUACGAUGAGCAACAAAGGUACCCUAAAAGAGUUAGGUGAAUUACUUAAUCAUGCAAAAGAUAUUGACACGAAAGUCAAAUUACAAUCCUUAAAGGAAUCCAAAGAGUGGUAUGGAUCAAUGGAAGAAUUCCAGUUAUAUUCAGCUUAUUUAGAGAGAGACCUAAAUAGAGUUCACAAAUAUAUACAAUUUUACCAGAAGCGUAAUGAUACCAUUGUUGAGUUUCGGGCAUUAAAUAUAUGGUUGAAAAUUCCACCACAAUCCUUCAUUAAUACUGAGUAUUGGCAUGAAAGAUUGCAACAUCUAAUGAGGCUCUGCGAAUUAGCCUACGAUUUUAUAGACCCACGUGAGAAUGUUCAUAACCAAGAAGAAAUCAACAAAAAUUUCGAAGAACUUUUUUUCGUUGAAGAAGUACAAGAUCGCCCAGAUAAACGGAAAAUUUCUUCUGAUAAUCCGAUCAUUUGUCAUAUUGUAGAUGAAAUGAGUGAGGGUUUAGAAGAUUGGCAGGUUUAUAACGUGAAUAUUGUGCACAAGGCAAUCUCAAUGUUUCUUGCUUCACAUAUAUAUGAGCUUAUUUCCAAGGCCGACCAAGAGGGUAGAAAUAUUCCAGACAUAACUUCUGAAAUUUGCUACGAAAAUGUUAAUUGUAAAAAGUAUUAUUGCCGGAAGCAUCACGUGAUCCCAACACCAUCAAUUCUUCGCAAUCGUAUUACACUUGCAUGUCUUCAGUACACCGUAAUGCGACAAUUAGAUACAAUAUAUCGUCGUCGCUUACUUUUUAAGGAGGAAAAUAGUAAAUCAGUUCUGCCUAAACAAAGGUAUUGGGCUGAAAGACUGGUAGACGCUCAUUUUCGUUAUCAAUCUCCGCACUCAAGUUGUCCAGAGAUUACUCAUGCAGAAAUCAUCAAACUUCCUAGACACACAUAUAAUGGGCUUGAAGAACUCUCUUAUAAAGUUUGGUUAGAUAAAGAUUUCAAUCCCUCUGACUUUGAACAAAUGUUAAAAUACAUAUUUGUUUUACUUCAGUUGCGAUGCUCAUGGGGUAUUGAUAAGUUUCACUGGGAAAUAAAAAAGAAAGAAAAAUCUUAUUAUAAUUCCAAUUAUAAGAUUGGUUUUGAAAACACUGGUAGAUAUUUCCUUACAGUCCAAGCAGUCGCAAAACGACUCGCUUUAUUUGUAGAAUAUAUUCGCUCUAACCAAGUGAUUAUGGCGAUAGGACAUUCAAAGAAAUUCAUUGAUUAUUCUUUACAUUAUUCCGAAGAAGUUAACAUAAUUAAAUCUGAAGCUUUUAGUGACCUUACAUCUCUUUUAGAGUUCACAAUGUUUCUGAUUUUAGCCGCUCGUCCUGGAUAUUGCGAUUUUUGCCUUCCCCGAAGUUAUUUGGUUAAUUAUUACGAAUCAUUCAAUUUAAACCCACGCCUUAUUUGUCUAAACAGCGAAAAUAAAUACAAUAAAAAUAACUAUGAUCAAGCAAUUAAGGGUUUAUACUAUCAAGCUGAAAAUAUUCUCAAUAUUAUUACGAAUGAUUAUAGGAAAAUGCAAUACACAACAAUUAUCCUUCGGUUGAUACGACUCCUGACUCUUAUCUGUCUGAAUGAAUCCGGGUUUACAUCAUUUGUACUAGAUCUUUUUAAAAGCCUAAGAAACCAACUUCGCAAUAAAUAUCUGUUAGUAACUAAUCGAGGACAGCUUGUCGACAUCCUAAAUAAUGACCUUAAAGAGAAUGGCUUUGAUUCUUUAGUUAUAGUUUACAACUGGGGAGGAAUGUCUAGAUUUUCUUCUUUGGUGAAACCUGGGAUCACAAUGAUUUCAUAUCACGAUCCUAAUGAAUUUAGUUCUUCCCUUCAGAAAAUUACAACCAAAGAGACAGUAGAGCCCAACUUCCCAAACGACCAACUUUCAUUUCAACCAGCUGAACAAGCUGAUGGGACUCAAGAUACAGCCAUAGCUUGGUUCCGUGAGAUUCACGAUUCUCCCCAGGCCCAAGAAGCAGCAAUUAAAAUCCAAACCUGGUUCCGUCGGAUUCAAAAGCGUCAAUCUCAAUAUGAUCCGACCUUAGAUAAAAUCUACAAAGAAGUAAAAUUAUUCUGCCAAAACGCAACGAAAAAAGAAGAAAGCAAUAAAAUGCACAAGUAUAGCGUGCUCUUAAUGGGACCAACAGUAUAUACAAUUGUGGAACUGUUUAAACUGCAAGACAGAAUGGAUAAAACUCUAAAUAAAUUGAAAAAAAUAAUUAAUAAUCGUUCUUCCGAAGACUCAAAGAUCGAUUAUUGUUUGGAGCUUGAAGAUGAACUAAAGUCCACCCAUUAUGAAAAUGUUGAGUCAACGUUGAAAUCAUUAUCAACGACCGAAAACUCAGAACAACAUAAAGAAGCAAAUAUUGAAUGGUUAGAAAAUGAAUUAGAGCAAGCAAAUAAUAAUAUUGAUUUGGUUUGGGAAUGGAUAGAAAAAUGUAAUGAGGUUAAUUAG